AUGUUUUUGGCAACCAAACGGUUUGAUCCGAACUUUACAAGUCAAAGGGAAGAAGAUGAUCAACCGGAACCUAAGAAAGUCAAGCUUGAUAAAGAAUUGAUUAAGAAGGACGUGGUACCUUCAUCUCUAUCAUCAGAGAACAAUCCUGCCAAGUCAAACACCCCUAUAGAAACCAAUUCAUUGGAUAGUAGCCAUGUUUCCUCGUCGAAAUCCGUUUUAGAAGAGUCAGAUGAUUCUGAAAGUGAAUAUGAGGUAGAUCCAAAAUAUUCCGCUGUGUUCAAGCGAUUCCAGGAUAUUGCCUCCAAGGCAGCAAAGAACAAUGUAAGAACUUCUAGGCUAGCGGAUCAAGAGGCCAUAUCAAAAGACAGCGAAAACAAUCAAGAAGAGCCUGAUGAAGAAGAAAUACCUGAGGUGAACGAGUUAGUGCCUUUACCACAGAUUGCUCGUAAAAAAGAGUCGUCCAAAAAGCACAAAGAACCACCAAAGUGGAUUACCGAACCGAUUAUAAUCCCACUUAAUGCAUCAAAACCAUUUGCUGAAUAUGAAAAAGAGCACUUGCUAAGCGCCAGGAUGGUCAAAGUACUACAGUCGCUAAACUACGAGUCUGCCUUUGCCGUACAGACUGGUGUUUGUCCGGUACUACUAAAAGACAGUCAGUCCAUUGCUCCAGAUCCUCUUCCUGAUGUGCUUGUAAAUGCAUACACUGGUAGUGGUAAGACCCUUGCCUACGGAAUUCCUAUUGUUGAGGCGUUAUCAAAGCGAGUGGUUCCACGGAUUAGAGCCUUGAUCUUACUACCAACUCGUCCUCUAAUUCAGCAGGUACGAAAUGUUCUUGAAUCCCUGGCAAAAGGUACCAGUUUACGAGUCAUGAUAUGUCGUACUGAUAGGCCAUUCAAGGAAGAACAGGCGCUAAUUUCAUCUCACACACCAGAUAUUUUAAUCACCACACCAGGAAGGUUGGUAGACCACAUUAGAAAUAAUACUCAAGGUUUUUCACUGAACCACUUACAAUACCUGGUUGUUGACGAAGCUGAUAGACUUCUAAACCAGAGCUUUCAGGAAUGGGUAUCUGUUCUGGUGAAUGCUCUAGAAGCUGCAAAGCCAAAAGAGUCAUUGGCGAAAGUUUGGAACAGACCUCCACAAAAGUUAAUCUUCUCUGCUACUCUGACCAGGGAUCCUGGUAAGCUAGCUGCCCUGAAUAUUACAACCACGCCCACCCCUCGCAUAUUCGUUCUGGGAGAAGAACCCGUUGUCAAUAAUGGACAUACAAACACCACGUCAGGACCAAGUGUUCAUGAAGAUAGACAACGAAUUAUGAUGGACUACGAGUUCUCGCUUCCUGAAAAGCUACAAGAACACCAUAUCCAGGUAAAAUCUGCAUCUAAUAAGCCGCUAGUCCUACUCCAGCUGCUGAUAAACCACUCAUUGCAUUCAGACACGUUGAUUUUCGUGAAAUCAAAUCAAGCAGCAGCUCGUCUUGCCCGUUUAAUUCAACUCAUAGAUGAAGAGUUAUUCCAUCUUAACCUGAGUGUAGAGCGAUGCAGCGGAGAACUUGAGCUCAGCCAAAGACGUAAAAUGCUCAAGAAGUUUGCCGAUGGUGAGAUUGGUAUCCUUGUCUGCACCGAUCUCAUAGCUCGUGGUAUUGACAUCGCAUCAGUCAAGGCCGUAAUUAACUACGAUUUACCCGUUGGUAAGCGUGAGUAUGUCCACAGAGUAGGUCGUACAGCCAGAGCUGGAAACUCGGGUGCCGCAUGGAAUCUCACUGUAGGCUCUGGCGAGCGGAAAUUUUUCAACUCGAUCACGACGUCUAUCUUCCGCACCGGCGAAAUCGAGUCGGAGGUUAUCAAGCCCAGUCCUGACCAUAACGACGGUUACCAGAAAGCUCUCAGUAGACUGGAACAAGAGGUUUUCGCCAAAUAG